AUGGCAAAUCUUCCGGCCCUCGCAAGACGGUUACCACUUCGCCAGACCAGCAAUGGCUACUAUUCUGUGAGAUGCGUCCAAACCGCUGCUCAACAACCGAACUUAUCGUAUCCGCUCUAUCCCUCCGUUGCGCAAUUGCUCAAACAGAACAAUAUCCCAUCAAACGAUGUGUCUAAGAUUACUGCUACGGGGCCGAAUGGUCGAAUACUAAAAGGAGACGUGCUAUCCUACCUGGGUACAAUUGCAGCCAGCUACCCUGCCGACCUGGCCUCACAGCUUGCAAAGAACUCGCGACUAGACCUAAGCAAUAUCAAGAUAGCUGCUCCUCAGGUCCCAUCACCAGCUGCUCCAGCACCCCAGGAGGAGCAUAUACAGGUGGAGGAGAAGACUGCAGGGUCAAGAUCAGAAGAGGCGGCAGGGUCUGUGUUUGAAACCAAAAUUGCCGUCCCCGUGUCUUUCUCCAAACUCAUCUCUGUUCGACGACGGAUCCAAUCUUCUGUGGGAGUUGAGAUACCACUGGCGACUUUCGUUUCUCGCGCAGCUGAUAUCGCGAAUGAGAACCUACCCGUUAAGCCCAGCGAGAAGCAGCGGUCAUCAGCUCUCUUUGAUGAGAUCCUAGGUCACAAGCCCUCUGCUUCUACACAGAUGGCGUUCUCCCGAGGAGACUACCUCCCAGAGAUUGUUUCUCCCUCUGAGUUCUAUUCUAGCUCUGAAGAGAGUCAGCAAAGCCUGCGCAAAUCCACGGAUGAUAUCAUCGACGUUCUGACUGGCCGGUCACCACCUUCAAAGAGAAAUGUGACCAGGACAGCUGAGGCAGAGGAGGACAGGAACACAAGUAUAUUUAGCCUGACGAUUCCUGAACACGAGGAGGCUCGUGCUAUGGCCUUCCUAGAGAAGAUGCAAGUUCUUCUAGAGGAAGAGCCAGCCCAGCUAUUGGCUCUUUAG